AUGAAAUUAUCCAUGCCGCUCAAGAUGGCAGUUAGAGGUUAUCAGGAGGCUGUCACUGCGUUAAACUCCCUGCAAUCAAACUAUGCCAAUAUAAUGGCGAUUCGGGAAUCUGGAGACCGUAAAAACCAGAUGAAUAUUUGGGAGAUGCAAGAAUGGUCGAGGAGGAUCGGUUACAAUGUUUCAGAAUUUGACAAGUUAAAUGUCGUACAUAUUACCGGUACAAAGGGUAAAGGAUCCACAGCUGCAUUUGUAGCGUCUAUCCUUGGUAAGUACAAGGUACCUAAAGUUGGACUAUACACUUCACCACAUUUGAAAUCUGUUACUGAAAGGAUAAGAAUCAACGGAAACCCUAUUUCAGAGGAUAAAUUUGCCAAAUAUUUCUUUGAAGUUUGGGACAAAUUGGAAAACACAGAAUCGGAAUUGAGUAAAUUCCCACAUAUGAUUCCAGGGAGUAAACCAGGGUAUUUCAAAUAUUUGACCCUGUUGUCGUUCCAUGUUUUCAUGCGGGAAGGCUGUGAUUGUUGUGUUUAUGAAGUUGGUGUUGGGGGUGAAUUCGAUAGUACAAAUAUCGUGGAAAGACCAUUAGCUUGUGGUGUUACACAAUUGGGUAUUGAUCACACAUUUAUGCUGGGUAAUACUAUUGAGGAAAUUGCUUGGAAUAAAGGUGGGAUCUUCAAGAAACAAGCGCCAGCUUUCACUGUUAAGGAGCAACCUCCAAAAGGUUUGAAGAUGUUAGAACAAAGGGCUAAUGAACGCGGUACUCAAUUAGAAGAAGUUCCUAUUUACCAAGGUUUAAGAGGUAGAAAAUUAGGGAUCGCUGGUGAUUUCCAAAUCGCUAAUGCUUCGUUAGCAGUAGCACUAUCAUCACAGGCAUUAGCUUCUAUGUAUUUCUUACCAUCUCCGAUCCCUAACACUGAAGAUGCCAGUAUCCCAGCAAGAUUUUUAGAAGGCUUGGAACUUACACGUUGGGAUGGUCGUUGCCAAACCUUGGUCAAAGGUUCAGCUACUUGGUUUAUAGAUGGCGCUCAUACAAAAGAGAGUAUAGAAGCUGCUUCUGGUUGGUUUACUCAACAGGUUGUCCGUUCAAAAAAUAAGAAAAUAUUACUGUUUAAUCAACAGAGUCGUGAUGCCAAUAGUCUGUUGAGUAAUCUGUAUUCCAAGACACAUCCGGAUGUUCAAUUCGAUCAGGUUAUUUUCACCACUAAUGUCACUUGGACCUCUGGUUCUUACAGCUCUGACCUUGUAUCCAUGAAUACUUCAAAAGAGCAAGUUGAUAAUCUAGAAGUUCAAAAGUCAUUGGCGGAAAAAUGGACUGCAUUAGAUGGUCAAAGAAGUAAAAUCCAUGUCACUUCUAGCAUUGAGGCCGCUUACACAUUAAUUAGACAAUUAGAAGAACCCGUAGAUGUUUUCGUUACAGGAUCUUUACAUCUUGUAGGGGGGUUACUUGUGGUCUUCGAUAACUUAUAA